AUGCUCUGCGCCGUCCGCAGUGCCGCGUUGAGACAUCAAGGCCCGACGCGCCGCCGCGUUGGGUUCGCCGUGCAUGCGCAUUCGGUCAACACGCGCGCGUCGUCGUCGAGUUCGCUGCUCCAGGCAACCGCGACGUCUACAUCGCAACAAUCACGAAGAGGAGUUAGUGGCAGAAUUGUCGUCGGGCUGGUCUCGCUGGGUGCUGGGGACUUUGCUCGUCAAUUGCUGGCCGACAAACAACCUUUUGACGCUCGUCGCCUUGGCGUCUCCGCUUCCAUCGGCGGCCUCUACAUUCCCCUGCGCGAACGCUUCGGAGUCCUUGCGUCGUCCUUGGUUCGGUCUCAGACACUUGUUGGUACCUGCAAACGCCUUGGGCUGCAACUUGUCGUAGUUGGCCCGGUGUCGCUAGCGUGCUUUCUUGCUGCCCACACUGCAGUGAAAGAUGACCACAGCGCCGACGUGGCAGCUCGCAUUCAGACGAAGCUGGCGCACGAUCUAUGGCCAGCGUACAAGACUAGCACGUCACUGUCCAUGCUUGUACUUGGUUCGUUUUACUUGCCGAUUCCCUUUCUCAAAGAACUGGCCGUCGUGGGUGCUUGCUUGUCAUGGAGCUCGUACAUGUCGUACAUCGCGCACAAUGAAGUUGCGUCCGAGCCAGGCUUGGUCGAGUGGAUUGCCGUCGAUGGCGCAGCUCGUGAUGCUGCAUGA